GCCAAUUUGAGGAGAACUUGACCGGAAGAGAAGUUGUUUGGAAUGGUCGCCAUAGAUACGACAAAGAGCCCGGAAGAAGACCAAACAAACAACAACAAGCAACUUCCGGGUUGACGAGCGGAAGUCAAUUAAAAUGUGCAGGCACAGGCCGGUCUAGUGGUCCUGUUCUAUGCCCGAGUGUCCUCCUCCUCCUCAUCAGUGGCAUCUACCUGCUGCGAGAGUUUGGUCUUGCUUCAUCCUGCACCAAGGAGCCAACCCGAGCACAGCCCAACGAGAAGUCAACUUCACUCCAAGCAGAGCAAUCCAAUCCAUCCUCUAGCGACCAAUCGCAUCUUUCUGUCAUGGCGGAUCAGGCGACGGACGAUAGCAAGUUCCUAUUCUUGCAGAACGACUUCCGAAACAGCGGUGUGGCGCAGGCCGACUGGGCAGCCAAAAAGAUGGUGUGGGUGCCGUCAGAGAAGGAAGGCUUCGAGGCCGCCAGCAUCAAGGAGGAGAAGGGCGACGAGGUGCUGGUGGAGUUGUCCAACGGCCGUAAGGCGACGGUCAACAAGGACGACAUCCAAAAGAUGAACCCGCCUAAGUUCAGCAAAGUGGAGGACAUGGCCGCCCUCACCUUCCUCAACGAGGCCUCCGUCCUGCAGAACCUGAGAGAGAGAUACUUCUCCAGCCUCAUCUAUACAUACUCGGGCCUUUUCUGUGUGGUGGUGAACCCGUACAAGAUGUUGCCCAUCUACUCGGAGAAGAUCAUAGAGAUGUACAAGGGCAAAAAGCGGCACGAGGUGCCACCUCACAUCUACUCUAUCACCGACAAUGCCUACAGGAACAUGAUGCAAGACCGCGAGGAUCAGUCCAUUCUCUGCACCGGAGAAUCCGGAGCGGGCAAGACAGAAAACACCAAGAAGGUGAUCCAGUACCUGGCCCUGGUCGCGUCAUCGCACAAAGGCAAAAAGGAAGCAAACCCUCCGGCGCAACAGCAGACACAGCAACAACAAGCCGGAUCGUUGGCCUACGGGGAGCUGGAGAAGCAGCUGCUGCAGGCGAACCCCAUUCUGGAGGCAUUCGGCAACGCCAAGACCAUCAAGAACGACAACUCGUCACGAUUUGGAAAGUUCAUCAAGCUCAACUUCGAUGUCACCGGAUACCUAGUCGGCGCAAACAUUGACACGUACCUUCUGGAAAAAUCUCGCUGUAUUCGUCAGGCUAACACCGAACGAGCUUUCCAUAUCUUCUACUACAUGGUGGCCGGAGCUAAAGACAAAAUGAAAGAGGAGCUUCUUCUGGAGGACUUUAGCAGCUAUCGUUUCCUGAUGGCGGGACACGUGGAGGUUUCCGGGGUCGAGGAUGAUGAGCUGUUUGUGGAGACCCUGGAAGCUAUGGAGAUUAUGGGCUUCUCUGAGGAAGAGAGAAUAGGGAUGUUAAAGGUAGUCUCCACGGUUCUCCAACUGGGAAACAUCAAGUUUGAGAAGGAACGAAACACCGAGCAAGCCACCAUGCCGGAUAACACAGCUGCCCAGAAAGUGUGCCACCUGCAGGGUAUCAACGUGACUGACUUCACCAGGGCCUUCCUGACACCUAGGAUCAAAGUGGGCCGGGAAGUGGUUCAGAAGGCUCAGACCAAGCAGCAGGCGGACUUUGCGGUUGAGGCUUUGGCCAAAGCCAUGUACGAGCGUCUCUUCCGCUGGAUCCUGGCCCGUGUAAACAAGACUCUCGAUAAGAGCAAGAGGCAGUCUUCGUCCUUCCUUGGGAUCUUGGACAUCGCUGGAUUUGAGAUUUUCGAGGACAACUCAUUCGAGCAGCUGUGCAUUAACUACACCAACGAGCGUCUGCAGCAGCUCUUCAACCACACCAUGUUCAUCCUGGAGCAGGAGGAGUACAAGCGUGAGGGCAUCGAGUGGAACUUCAUCGACUUCGGCUUGGACCUACAGCCCUGCAUCGAGCUCAUCGAGAGAGGGAACAAUCCACCGGGCAUCCUGGCACUGUUGGAUGAAGAGUGCUGGUUCCCCAAAGCCACAGAUAAUUCCUUUGUGGAGAAACUGUUAAGCACGCAUGCCAGUCACGUCAAAUUCUCCAAACCCAAACAGCACAAAGAGAAGCUGAUGUUCACCGUUGCACACUAUGCCGGAAAGGUGGACUACAAUGCCACCAGCUGGCUGACCAAGAACAUGGACCCUCUGAAUGAUAAUGUGACCUCCCUACUUAGCAACUCAUCCAGCAACUUCAUCCAAGACUUGUGGAAAGACGUGGAUCGAGUGGUGGGCCUGGAGACCAUGACCAAGAUGUCUGAAAGCUCCAUGCCCACCUCCACCAAGUCCAAGAAGGGGAUGUUUCGUACCGUGGGCCAGCUGUAUAAGGAAUCCCUGGGGAAGCUGAUGACAACAUUGCACAAUACACAACCUAACUUUGUGCGCUGCAUCAUCCCCAACCAUGAGAAGAGGGCGGGUAAAAUGGACGCCAACCUGGUUCUUGAGCAGUUAAGGUGCAAUGGUGUAUUGGAGGGUAUCCGGAUCUGCAGGCAGGGAUUCCCAAACCGUAUUGUAUUUCAGGAGUUCAGGCAGAGGUACGAGAUCCUGGCCGCCAAUGCCAUUCCCAAGGGCUUCAUGGACGGGAAGCAGGCGUGCUGCUUGAUGGUGAAACAUUUGGACCUGGAUCCCAACCUUUAUCGCAUUGGACAGAGUAAGAUGUUCUUCAGGACUGGUGUGUUGGCUCAACUGGAGGAAGAGAGAGACCUCAAGCUCACUGUGAUCAUCAUUUCCUUUCAGGCGCAGGGUCGAGGCUUCCUGGCACGCAAGGCCUUUAGCAAACGCCAGCAACAGCUUAGUGCCAUGAAAGUGAUCCAGAGGAACUGCGCUUGUUACCUCAAACUCAAGAAUUGGCAGUGGUGGAGGCUCUUCACCAAGGUGAAACCCCUGCUGCAGGUGACCCGCCAAGAGGAGGAAAUGGGUCAGAAGGAUGAGGAACUCAAGGCAGCCAAGGAAGUGGCAGCCAAGAAAGAGGCGGAACUAAAGGACAUCACCCAGAAACACACACAGCUGGUGGAAGAACGUGCCCAGCUGGAGAGCAAACUUCAAGCUGAGACGGAGCUCUACGCCGAGGCCGAGGAGAUGAGGGUUCGGCUGGAGGCCAAGAAGCAGGAACUGGAGGAGGUCCUACACGAGAUGGAGGCCCGGCUGGAGGAGGAGGAAGAGCGCAGCGCCCAAGUACAGCAGGAGAGGAAGGAGAUGGAACAGCAGCUACAGAACAUGGAAGCCCACUUGUUGGAAGAAGAAGACGCUCGUCAAAAGCUCCAACUGGAAAAGGUUGCCGUGGAGGGAAAAGUGAAGAAACUUGAGGAGGAUGUUCUGCUCAUGGAGGACCAGAACAACAAAAUGCAAAAGGAGCGUAAGCUUCUGGAGGAGAGGAUGGCAGAUUUAAACUCCAACCUGGCCGAGGAGGAGGAAAAGUCCAAGAACUUAACCAAGCUGAAGGCGAAGCACGAGUCCAUGAUCUCUGACUUGGAGGUGCGUUACAAGAAAGAGGAGAAGGGUCGCCUGGACAUGGAGAAGGCCAAGAGGAAAUUGGAGGCUGAGCUGGCAGAACUCCACGAGCAGCUGGCUGACCUUCAGGCCCAACUGGCUGAGCUUCGAGCUCAGCUGGCCGCCAAGGAAGAUGAGCUACAGGCCACGCAGGCACGUUUGGACGAGGAGAGCAACCAGCGUGGCCUGGCGGUGAAGAAAGUUCGAGAGCUGGAGACCAUGCUGUCAGAGUUGCGGGAGGACAUGGAGGCUGAGAGGGGUGCCAGGGCCAAAGUGGAGGCGGCGAGCAGGGCCCUUGGGGAAGAACUCAAUGCCCUGCGCUCAGAACUGGAGGACAGUUUGGAUACCACCGCGGCGCAACAGGAGCUACGUGCAAAGCGUGAGCAGGAGGUGGCCAUGCUAAAGAAAGCAAUGGAGGAAGAGGGCCGCAGUCACGAGGCCCAAGUCCAAGACCUGAGGCAAAAGCACAGCCAGGCGGUUGAGGAACUCUCCGAACAGCUGGAGCAGGCCAAGAGAGUCCGGGCAGGUCUGGAGAAAACUAAGCAAGCUCUGGAGAAGGAGUCUUCUGACCUGACUGCCGACUUGCGCUCCAUGGCCGCUGCCAAGCAGGACGUUGAGCACAAGAAGAAGAAAGUUGACGCUCAACUCAACGAUGUCAAUAAUCGCCUCAACGAGAGUGAGAGACAGAGGAACGAACUCGGAGAGAAAGUCUCCAAGAUGACUGUGGAGCUGGACAACUUGGCCAGUCUUCUGAAUGAAGCUGAAGGAAAGAACAUCAAGCUGAGUAAAGAUGUUUCCGGGCUGUCCUCGCAACUCCAAGACACUCAGGAACUUCUUUCUGAAGAGACCCGACAGAAGCUGAACGUGUCCGGGCGUCUGCGGCAGAUGGAGGAAGAUCGGAUUUGUUUGACAGAGCAGCUAGAGGAGGAAAACGAGGCUAAGCGGGUCUUGGAGAGGCAGGUCUCCAGUCUCAACAUGCAGCUGUCCGACUGCAAGAAGAAGCUGGACGAGUCCUUGGGCUCGGUAGAACUGCUGGAGGAAGGCAAGAAGCGUCUCUUGCGGGACCUGGAGGCAGCCAACAAUGACUAUGAGGAGAAGGCGGCAGCCUACGACAAGCUGGAUAAGAGCCGCAGCCGAAUGCAGCAGGAGCUGGAGGACGUCCUCAUGGAUUUGGAUGGCCAGAGGCAGCUUGUUGUCAACCUGGAAAAGAAGCAGAAGAAGUUUGACCAGAUGCUGGCUGAGGAGAGAGCCGUAUCAAGCAAGAUUGCUGAGGAGCGAGAUCGUGCCGAGGCAGAAGCAAGGGAGAAGGAGACCAGAGUCUUGGCUCUGUCCAGAGCUCUGGAAGAGAACCGCGAGGCUCUGGAGGAGGCAGACAAGACCAACAAAAGCCUCCGAAUUGAGAUGGAGGACCUUGUCAGCUCCAAGGACGAUGUGGGACGCAGCGUCCACGACUUGGAGAAGGCCAAGCGUGCUCUGGAGGCCUUGGUGGAGGAGAUGAAGGCCCACACGGAGGAGCUGGAGGAUGAGCUCCAAGUGGCCGAGGACACAAAGUUGCGUAUGGAGGUCAAUGGUCAGGCCCUUAAAUCCCAGCACGAGAGAGAACUGCAGGCCCGCGAAGAAGCCGGCGAGGAGAAGAGGAAGCAGCUUCUCAAGCAGGUUCGUGAGCUGGAGUCCGAAUUGGAUGAGGAGAAGAAGCAGCGUGCUCAAGCAUCAGCCGGCAAGAAGAAGCUGGAAGGUGAACUCAAGGACAUGGAAGAGCAGCUGGAGACCACCAACAGGGCACGCGAUGAGGCGCUCAAGCAGCUGCGCAAGAUCCAGGGCCAGGUGAAGGAUCUCCAACGGGAGGUGGAGGACUCUCGCGCCGCCCAAAAGGAAGUCCUGAGCUCAGCCAGGGAGGCCGAGCGUAAAUCCAAAGUCGCGGAGGCCGAUGUGGUGCAGCUUCAUGAGAUGCUGGCGGCAGCCGAACGAGCUCGAAAGCAGGCGGAAGCUGAGAGAGAUGAGCUGGCCGAGGAGCUUGCCAGUAACUCCUCUGGGAAGACCAUGCUGUCUGAUGAGAAGCGCCGUCUGGAUGCUAAGAUCAGCCAUCUGGAGGAGGAACUGGAGGAGGAACAGACUAACAUUAUGAAUCUCAACGAGCGUCUGAGGAAGAGCCAGCAGCAGGUGGAGCAGCUCAGUGGCGAACUGACAUCGGAGAGAGCGUCAUCGCAGGCCAAGGAGGCGGCCAGGCAGCAGCUGGACAAGCAGAACCGAGAGCUGAAGGCCAAAGUUCAGGAGAUGGAAGGCCAGGGACGCUCCAAGCUGAAAUCCUCCGUCGGUGCUAUGGAGAACAAACUGAGAGAGUUAGAGGAACAGUUGGAGGUGGAGAGCAGGGAGCGUCAGGCCGCCACCAAGAACCUGCGCCAGAAGGAGAAAAAGCUGAAGGACUUAAGUGUGCAGAUGGAGGAUGAGAGGAAGAAGGCGCAGCAGUACAAGGAUCAGGCCGAGAAGAGCAACGUGCGCGUGAAGCAGCUGAAGCAUCAGCUGGAGGAGGCGGAGGAGGAAGCGCAGCGCGUGGCCGCUGCCCGAAGGAAGCUGCAGAGGGAGCUGGAUGAGGCCACUGAGGCCAACGACGGCCUAAGCAGGGAGGUUGCUGCUCUGAAGAGCAAACUCAGGCGUGGCGGCGAGCCAGGUUUCAGUGGCUCCAGCCCUCGUAGCGGCAGCAUCCUCAGCCUUGGCGGAGGUUCGGCGAGGAGCUCGGCUGGUCUGACAGGAGGGAGCACAGCCCGGAGCAGGAGCACCAUCCUGGAGAGCUCAGCUGGAAUUCCUGAGGAAGACGAAGGGGUGGAGGAAAAAGCUCACUCGCCUUCUCCACCUACACGAAGCCCCCUGCCUGAGGAGGAGCUCCAUGAGACCCCGCCGGAUGAAUAAACACCAAAAUCUACAGUUCCACCUGCUGUUUUGGCCUGCACUUAAUAGAACAAAAUGUCAUUACUAUAUAUUGUAGGUUCUCAUAGAUUUAGCAACAAAAUUGCAAUAUAAUACAAUAAUUCUAGACCUUGCUCUAAAAAUAUACAUUGUCACCCCCCAAAAAAUGCUACAAAAUUAGAUUUUGGCUACUACAGUGCCAUAUAAACGCUAAAGUUCACCCUAAAUGUUGGCAUUCAAGUGAAUUACUUGAUACUAAAAACUGAAGGUACUGACAAAAUGUGUAUAUUGUCGUACCCUUGACCAUAAAAAGUUGAGAAUGAGCACCAAAACUCAAUACUUUUCAACACUUCAUGUUGUUUAAAAAAGUAUAUAUAUAAAAAAUAACAAUUUGGAUGCUUAAAUUCAGGAACAAAAGUGCAUUUUUAUGUGCACAAAAAAAAGCCCACAAAAAGUUGGGAAUAUUAAUGAUAUCACUAGCACUGCAACUCACAUUUCAAUUUUCAAUUAAUUAGUUUUUAAGACAUUUAGAAAUUUUCAGAACAGGACAUUAUUUCAACUUGACAAUGCAUAAAAUGCAAAAAUAUACUGAAUUACACAUGCCAACAUUUUUUCCAUUUCCCUUUCAUGUUCUUUAACUAAUUCAAUGUAAUUGUUGGUCACAGAUUUCAAAUCUGUCAUCUGUGUGCAAUCAGGAUUUUUGAUAUAUAAUUGCUGUUUAAUGGCUUAUACACAUUUAUUUUCACCCACUAACUUUCCAGUCCUUUGCAUAGUUAAAUAUAUACAUUUUCUGAAACAUUGUUAACAUUAGCUUGUCAUAGUUGACGGAUUUCCACAUAUUGGAGCCCUUUACAGCAAGUCACAUUCUCCCGAUUGUUGGUUUCCUGUGUCUGCACUUGUCAUGGCAUCACAGGUAUCAUUGUUUUUGGGCUUUGCAAUUUUGCAUUUUACACAAAAUUUAAAUCUUGAUUAGCAAAAAACCUCGAGCCUACAGAAAAGUCAGAUUUGCAUUCAGCACCCCAAAAUUAUUUAAAAUCGAGUGUUUGCAUGAUUCUUUUUGUUAACCAGUGUUAUGAUUCAUUUACUGGUUUGGUCUGUGAAUGUCAGAAAUGCUCAAUUGAUGAACUGAUGAUCAUAAAUAGCUUUUGAUGAAUUAAUCCACCUAUAUCACAUUCAUAUUUAGACACAAAGGUGCAAUGUUUGUGCUAGAAAGUGUCCCAAAAAACACAAGUUUUGUCACGAACAAAAAAUUUCUGGUUGAAGACCACGUUUGUUGUAUGUGUUUCCAUGUUGAGAAUUGUGCACUUGAACACCUACUUGUUGGGAAAAAAAUAUAUAUUUAACACCAUUAAAGUAUAUUUGAU